GCUUAUCAACAUAAGCUAAAGCUAGCCCUUAUAGGUCAAAGUAUUUUUGGACAAGAAGUUUAUAACAAGCUGAUAAAAGAGGGCCAUAAAGUCGUGGGAGUAUUCACAGUGCCUGACAAGAAUGGACAAGCUGAUCCUUUGGCACUGGCAGCGGAGAAGGACGGCACUCCUGUUUUUAAGUUCCCCAGAUGGAGAGCUAAAGGCAAGCCUAUCCAGGAAGUAGUUGCAGCCUACAAAUCAGUUGGAGCAGAACUAAAUGUCCUUCCGUUCUGUACACAGUUCAUCCCCAUGGAUGUUAUUGACUGCCCAAAACAUGGCUCAAUUAUUUACCAUCCAUCCAUCCUACCACGCCACCGAGGAGCUUCUGCAAUCAACUGGACUUUAAUUCAAGGAGAUAAGAAAGCAGGAUUUACUAUUUUUUGGGCUGAUGAUGGUUUGGACACUGGACCAAUACUUCUGCAGCGAGAAUGUGAUGUUGGCCAAAACGAUACUGUGGAUGACCUGUAUAACCGGUUUCUCUUCCCGGAAGGAAUAAAGGCUAUGGUGGAAGCUGUGCAUCUAAUUGCUGAUGGUAAGGCCCCUCGUAUACCUCAGCCUAAAGAAGGAGCAACAUAUGAAGGGAUCCAGAAAAAGGAAAAUGCAGAGAUCUCCUGGGACCAACCUGCAUCAGCUUUGCACAAUUGGAUUCGAGGGCAUGAUAAAGUGCCUGGAGCAUGGGCAACAAUAGAUGACCAGGUGGUUACUUUUUAUGGAUCAUCAUUACUUGAUGCUUCAGUGCCUGCUGGACAAGAGCUGGCAAUAAAAGGUGCUUCAAGACCUGGACUUGUAACCAAGAAUGGUCUAGUCAUUUUUGGUAAUGAUGGGAAGAUGGUACUGGUGAGAAAUCUGCAAUUUGGGGAUGGAAAAAUGAUCCCUGCAUCUAAAUACUUCUCUGCUGAUGAAACAACUGCCCUAGAACUUACAGAAGAGGAGAAAAAGAUGGCAGAAGAUAUUAGGGCUAUUUGGAAGGGAAUUUUGAGCAAUGUUGCUGUAAUUGAGGAUCCCACAGACUUCUUCAAAUCUGGAGCAUCUUCUAUGCAUGUUGUCAGAAUGUUAGAAGAGAUCAAACAGAAAUAUAGUGGACUUCAACUACAGAAUGAAGAUGUAUAUAUGGCCACUAAGUUUGCAGACUUCAUUCAACUGGCUGUCCGAAAAUUCAGAGGAGAAGACAAAGAAGAAGAGUUAGCCAUUGAUUAUGUUUCAAAAAAUGUGAACAACAUGACUGUGAAUAUGCCAUACCAAUGUUUCAUAAAUGGGCAAUUUAUAAAUGCUGAUGAUGGAAAAACAUAUGACACUAUAAAUCCAGCAGAUGGAUCAAUAAUAGCCAGUGUAUCUUCUGCUUCAUUGGCCGAUGUUGACAAGGCAGUGGCAGCAGCGAAGGAGGCAUUUGAAAAUGGUGAAUGGGGAAGAAUGAAUGCACGGGAAAGAGGACGACUCAUGUACAGACUUGCAGACCUGAUGGAAGAACAUCAAGAAGAGUUAGCGACAAUAGAGUCUAUUGACUCAGGAGCUGUCUACACUUUAGCUUUGAAGACCCAUGUUGGAAUGUCUGUGCAAACAUUCAGAUACUUCGCUGGAUGGUGUGACAAAAUUCAGGGUGCUACAAUUCCAAUUAAUCAGGCCCGGCCAAACCACAAUCUAACAUUCACUAAGAAAGAGCCAAUAGGUGUCUGUGCAAUUGUUAUCCCCUGGAAUUACCCACUGAUGAUGCUUGCAUGGAAGAGCGCAGCAUGCUUGGCUGCAGGCAACACACUCGUACUCAAGCCAGCUCAGGUUACACCUCUGACAUCCUUGAAGUUUGCAGAACUCUCAGCUAAAGCUGGAUUUCCUAAGGGCGUUAUAAAUAUUCUUCCUGGUUCAGGUGGCUUAGUGGGGCAGCACCUGUCUGAACAUCCAGAUGUUCGCAAAGUUGGAUUCACUGGUUCAACACCAACUGGUAAACAGAUCAUGAAGAGUGCAGCCACUAAUCUGAAGAAAGUUUCUCUUGAACUUGGUGGUAAAUCACCAUUGAUCAUAUUCAGUGACUGUGAACUUGACAGAGCUGUAAAAAUGGGUAUGGGAGCAGUAUAUUUCAACAAAGGAGAAAACUGCAUUGCAGCUGGCAGGCUGUUUGUGGAAGAAUCAAUCCAUGAUGAAUUUGUUAGAAAAGUGGUAGAAGAAAUAAAAAAGAUGAAAAUUGGUGACCCACUUGACAGAUCUACAGAUCACGGUCCACAAAAUCACAAGGCACAUUUGGAAAAGCUGCUGCAAUAUUGUGAAACUGGAAUAAAAGAAGGAGCCACUCUAGUGUAUGGAGGAAGACAAGUACGCAGACCAGGUUUCUUCAUGGAACCCACUGUAUUCACAGAUGUUGAAGACCAUAUGUAUAUUGCCCAGGAAGAGUCCUUUGGUCCUGUGAUGGUGAUUUCUAAAUUUAAAAAUGGGGAUGUUGAUGGAGUGCUGCAACGGGCAAAUGCCACAGAAUACGGUUUAGCUUCAGGAGUUUUCACAAAAGACAUAAGCAAAGCUCUCUACAUCAGUGAAAAGCUAGAAGCUGGAACAGUUUUUAUUAACACAUAUAACAAAACUGAUGUGGCAGCACCAUUUGGUGGAUUUAAACAAUCUGGCUUUGGGAAAGAUUUAGGUGAAGAAGCUCUUCAUGAAUAUCUUAGAACCAAGGCUAUCACUGUGGAAUAUUAAAUUAACAAGCCUCACUUGGAAAGUAAACUUUUGGCAGAUUUUGAAUCUUAAUGACUCCAUGAAGCAUUUAAUACCAUGCCCAGGAUAUGCUGUCUGCAAGUGCUACAACUGGAAAAAAAAACAAACUGAAACACCCAUUCCAUGGAUAAGUUUCUAUAAAUCAGGUCCAAAUUUUAGUCUCACUGAAAGAUAAAGGAAUUUGGAAAUUAACCUGAAGUUAUUUAAAUUAUGCAGCAGCAGUUGUUAGCAC